GGAGCCUGGGACACCGCCGGGGGGGAGAGAAGCGGAUCCCGUCCGAGCCCCGGCCCCAAGUAACGCCGCCGCCCCGGAGCCGCCGACAGAACGACCGUGCUUCUGCAGUUGUGUGUGGUGAGGCAGCACUGACCCCAGACCAGUACUUAGCAAGGAUCAGUGGAAGCAAAUUUCGCUCUGCCUGUGGAUGCUGUUCUGCAUGUCUGCACAAGGCUCGUUCCUGAGUGAAGAUGGCUUAAGAAAGUGGUGGCAGCAGCUGUUUAGACCAGUGUUGGAGGUCCCCCUCCCCACUAAGUGCCUCUUUGCAUAGCACCAGUCCCCACCCACACGCUCUCUGGACCACUACAGCUGGACGGGCAAUGGCGGGUCGGGGAGGCGCAGCACGACCCAAUGGACCAGCUGCUGGGAACAAGAUCUGUCAAUUUAAGCUGGUUCUGCUAGGGGAGUCUGCGGUAGGCAAAUCCAGCCUCGUCCUCCGCUUUGUCAAGGGACAGUUUCACGAGUACCAGGAGAGCACAAUCGGAGCGGCCUUCCUCACACAGACUGUCUGCCUGGAUGACACAACAGUCAAGUUUGAGAUCUGGGACACAGCUGGACAGGAGCGGUAUCACAGUCUGGCUCCCAUGUACUAUCGGGGGGCCCAGGCUGCCAUCGUGGUCUAUGACAUCACCAACACAGAUACAUUUGCACGGGCCAAGAACUGGGUGAAGGAGCUACAGAGGCAGGCCAGCCCCAACAUCGUCAUUGCACUCGCGGGUAACAAGGCAGACCUGGCCAGCAAGAGAGCCGUGGAAUUCCAGGAAGCACAAGCCUAUGCAGACGACAACAGUUUGCUGUUCAUGGAGACAUCAGCAAAGACUGCAAUGAACGUGAAUGAAAUCUUCAUGGCAAUAGCUAAGAAGCUUCCCAAGAACGAGCCCCAGAAUGCAACUGGUGCUCCAGGCCGAAACCGAGGUGUGGACCUCCAGGAGAACAACCCAGCCAGCCGGAGCCAGUGCUGCAGCAACUGAGCCCCCCUUGCCUGCCCGCUGCCCCCGCCUCCUCCGCCUGAAUGACCCGACUGGAAUCCACUCUAACCAAUCGCACUUAACGACUCGGGCCACCACUAGGGGGGCAGGGGGAGGGGUCCACCAUGAUUUCUCCAUAUAAUUUUGAUCAUAGGCCGGAGUGAGUUAUUCCACCUGCACCUUUCUGUACAAAUACUAAUUCAAUUUUAAGUCUUAAGUCACUUUUUUAAUAUAUAUGAUCUUCUGCUCUUCCCACUUCCUCCCCUUUCUACUGCUCUCCCAUUUUCCCUUGCUGGGAGUAGCCACAUGCUCUUGUCCCCACACCCUUGUAUAUGGGGACAGUGGGGUCAGUGCAGCUACCCUUUCUUUCCCUCCUGCGGAACAGCGGACCCAGCAAGAGCAUCCACAUCCUCACCUUGUUCGGAGUGGUCUUGGGUUUGGGCAGUGGGGCAGACCUUGGGAAGGGGCUUAGGAAGGGAGAGGCAGCUCUUCCUUCAGCUGGCUCUCAUCAGGCUGCAGCCCCCUCCCCGCCCCCACCUCCCUGCUGGGAAACCACAGCAUUAUCACAGCAUUAUUGUGACAGCCACGAACCCAUUGCCCACAACCCCUCCACCCUCGGUCACCCCGACCUCUGGCUCUGAGCCCUGUUCUGACCAAAUCAUGAUGAUGAGUAUUUGGGGGUGGGUGGGUAAGGGGGGGAGUGGGAGGGGACGGAACCGACUUUUUCUGUAUUUUGUAUUGUAUGUUUUCUUCAACAUGUAACCAAUCAGUAUCUUGUCAAUAUAGUCAGCCGAUCGAUCGACCUCA